GUACUGCAGUUAGGUUUGUUUUCCCUUCCAAAGGCCAAAAGGGACAACAACCAACCCUUUUCACACUUGAAACAAACUUCAACAAACGACACAAAGCUUCGAUUGGAUGGUCUAGGUCAUGUGACGAAGCUCCAUUGCCAUCAGAGCACAGUGGCAGGGAAAUGGUGGGUGGGCCUUCAGUGCCUCUGGAUCUCUGCCUUACUGGACACCUGCUAACAGAGCACUACAAUGUCCUCCCCUGAAUGAGUCAUCCAGCUGGCUCCUCAUUGGAUAAGACCAUGCCAUCCCUAGGGAUUGCCUUGCAGAGGCAGAAAGGCCUUCCUUCCAUUCACAGAAACAUUGGUAUGCCAGCCUGCUAUUUCAUUCACAUAAAAGACUAAAUAUUGCAUGCAUUUUUGUCGUCUGCUCUUUUCCUCCUUUGUCUUUUUGCCUCCUCCUCUGAUUUGCGAGGGCCUGCCUUUUCUUCCUUGCUUUUGUGUUUGCCUUUGUUUCUGAGGAGAGAAGGCAGACGUGCUGUCUUUUUUUUUUUUUUCCUAUAUUUGCCAGGCAGGAAAGAGAGAUGUUGGGAGGGACUGCAGUGCGAAAUCUGCAGCAGAGUGAGAGCGGAAGCUGCUUAUGAAUGAGUGUCAGUCUUUCAGCUUUGCUAGAUGCUCCUGAGGACAUUUUACAUGAAUGGUGUCUGGCUGUGUGCUUUCCGCUACUGGGGAGACAAAGAUGCUUCAUUGCUGCUGCUGGGCUUUUUCUGUUAUCCUUUCCGAUGUUUCAUUGACUCAUCUGCCUGAGAAACAUGUCGUUCAUACUGUGUCUUCUUCAGUUGUGCCAUUCAUGUAGUUCAACCAGGACCGAUUACUGGGUAUUUUAGACAAGCUGUGAAUCUGUACCUGUUUCCUAGUUGUGGAACUGAAUUUUUUGUUCCUUUGUUGCAGAAUGCUGAUAGAGAUUAGCGCUACACAUUAGACAAAUGGUGUCAAAACAGUUUUAUGUGAAAAAAUUGAAAAAAAGGCUCUUUUUUUUUUUUUGCAUUAAUGGCUGAUUAUAGAUAUUAUAAGUGUAUUGUUUAGUCAUAGGUUUUACGAACCUGAGAACCAAGAGUGAUGUCUACCUAUACUCUGCAGCUAUUAUAAAUUAACAGGGACAGUAUAUUAAUGAUGUUACACAUUUUCAGUCAUGCUAAAAUUUUACUGUAUUGUUUCUUUCAAUGAUUUAUAGAGGUUUGUUUUACAUCCUCUAAGGAAAAUUAAGUCUUUAUGAUACAUUUAAAUAGAGAUUUUACUCUUGGAUCAAAGAAGACUGCCUUUUUUUGUUAAGAGAAUACUUUGGCUGACACUGUGAUUGUAGCUGUCAGUUAAAUAGAUGCUGGUUUUCAUUAGUUAUUUCACUUAAUUUAUUAAUCCUGUGAUUAGUUCAUUGUGUUUGUCGUUCUAUCACAACUUUCAUCUGUCCAUCCAUUUUUAGAAAACAUUAAUUGUUUAAAACAUGAAUUCAUGCAAAUUAUUCAGAAUAAUUAUUUUUCUAUGUUAAAUAAUCAAGCUACCUCUCAUUCCUCAUUUCCGUUUCCCAGAAAAACAAAUAAGAGGGGAAAGAAUUACAGCGUAUAAAUAUCAUACUGGGGAAUUUAAAAAUUGAUUGGUUCUAGUGUGCUGUAAGUGGGAGGUUUUUUUUUUCUCCCUCCAACAGGAAGUGAUUUGCAGUGUUCAGCAAGCCUUUUGUUGAGAAGGUUUUCUCAGAUCAGUGAGUCAUGCUUUAGCUCUGAGCCGGCAGGCAGGCAGGCAGGCAGCAGUCAGUAGAGAGUAUUUGCUCUUCCCUCGCAGUAUCCGUGAUCAUCGACAACAUAGACCUUUCUCUGUUCUUUUACUUUUUGGAUUUUUGAGGCUAGAAAUCAGCAGCAGUAGCAGCAUCACCACUGGAAACCAAACAAGCUGUACCACAACACUGGCAGCCUUUUAGAGACCUUUUUCUCUCCAUCCUUCUCUUCCUCUGCUUCAGUGUUGUGUUUUCAUGGAUUGUGUCUGUAUGUUUCUCUCUCACGGAUUGGAUUGCAGCUCUGGAUUUUACUGAGAGCAGAUUGGACUUGGGCGACAACAACAGCAGCAGCCCAACACAACCACCACUGUAACCUCAGUAGAGAAAAUUACAGUCAGGUGGCCUGUGAUUGCUAAAAGGCGUUUGCUGGCCAUACUGCUGCUGCUAUGUUAAAGGAGAGGGUAAUCAGCACGGCUCAGCCACGUCUGCCAGCACACUUGUGAAAGAGGCAGGCUGUGCGUGUCGGUUGGUGGAGAGGGGAGAGAGCAAGAGAGAGAAGGGUAUGCUUCACCGUACCAAAUACAACCGCUUCAGGAAUGAGUCAGUAACAUCCGUCGAUGAGCUUCUGCACGGCCUGUCCAUGAACCCCAAGGUCUCGGCCACCCCCCAGUCUGCAGCCGAGACAUCUUACACACCUCCGACUGAGGUCCAGCCCUCCUCCACCACCACUGCUUCCAGCACCCCCACCAGCCACAGCUCUGACCACCUGGAAGAUGGAGGCACCACCCUCUGUACCCUCAUCAACAAGGUGUCCAGCCUGAAAUUCAGCAACUCAGGCAGCUUGCUGGGCAUCAAGGGUCUGCCCUCGGCUGUCAAGGACCUGGCUGUGUCUAAGCUGCAGGGGGGUGGGGGAUCGGGCUCAGGCAGCUCCAGUGGCCCGAGCCCCAGCGCGGCGACAGCAGCAGCAGCGACGGCAGCAGCAGCAGCCUCUGGUGUGGGCGGCUCUCUGUGCAGCUCGGCCUCCCAUUCAACCCCCUGCUCGCAGCUGGAGCCAGCUGUCAGCAUGAGCAAGAAGAGCAGGCUGGACGAGCUCCAGCCCGGUGGAGAGGACUGGAAUCCAGGUGGAGGUGGUGGACUGGUGAGCAAACCCUCAAGAGGAUGGCUACAUUCAAGCGAGAAGAUCUCUGGUCCAGGAGUGACAUACAUUGUUAAGUACCUUGGCUGUAUAGAAGUCCUUCGGUCAAUGAGAUCCUUGGAUUUCACCACAAGGUCACAAAUAACAAGGGAAGCCAUCAGCCUGGUGUGUGAGGCUGUUCCAGGGACCAAAGGAGCUCUGCGGAAGAGAAAGCCACCGUCCAAAGCUCUGUCCAGUAUCCUGGGCAAGAGCAACCUGCAGUUCGCUGGCAUGUCUAUCAACCUAAAUAUCUCCACCAGUAGCCUCAACCUGAUGACACCUGACUGCAAACAGAUCAUAGCCAACCAUCACAUGCAGUCCAUCUCCUUUGCAUCAGGUGGAGACCCUGACACGACAGAUUAUGUUGCCUAUGUAGCAAAGGACCCUGUUAAUAGAAGAGCAUGUCACAUCCUGGAGUGCUCUGAUGGUCUGGCCCAAGACGUCAUCAGCACCAUUGGCCAGGCCUUUGACCUUCGCUUCCAGCAGUACCUGCAGUGUCCCUCAAGCAAGAUGUCCUCCACACAUGACAGGGUAUUAAACAUGGAGGAGUUACCAUGGACAGAGGAGGAGGAGGAGUCAGCAGAGCAUCCUUACUAUAACAACAUCCCUGGCAAGAUGCCACCACCCGGAGGCUUCAUCGACACCCGGCUGACCAAUCAGAAUGCAGCACUCGAUGGAUGCCAGAUGGGCCCAGGUUCAGUGGACCAGACAUAUUACCAAGGACGGCACUGUGGAGAAAACUGGGGAGAUGAAAGAAAGCCCAUAUUCAUACAACAGGGAUCAUUUGAUAUAAGCAGUCUGCCUGAGAGUAAAGGUCAGGCACCAAAAACAACAGAGAUGCCCACAUAUGUGAACACCCAGCAGAUUGAUGCCCAGGUGCUCGCAGCGCUCCAGGCAGAGGCAGAAAAUGUGACAAAGGGCAUGGCAGCUGCAGCCAAAGAGAGCCCACAGAAGGACCUGUUUGACAUGAAGCCCUUCGAAGACGCUAUUCAGUCUCAGUCCCAUCCACCAUCCCAGGGGCAAGCUCAGUCCCAGAUGUCUGGUCUUCAUAAGGUGGCAUCCGUGGACAACUCGAGCCCUCUUCUUGUGCGUUCGCUGGCCUUCCGGGCACAGGAGGAGCUGGAGGGCCAGACUUGGUACCAUGGCAAAAUGAGCCGCCGUGACGCUGAAAAACUUCUGAAAGAAGAUGGCGACUUCCUGGUCCGCAAGAGCACUACCAACCCAGGGUCCUACGUACUGACGGGCAUGCACAAUGGACUUGCCAAACACCUACUGCUGGUGGACCCUGAGGGCACGGUACGGACAAAAGAUCAUGUAUUUGACAGCAUUAGCCACCUUAUUGGUCAUCACCGUGACAACAAUCUGCCGAUUGUGUCAGCCGGGAGUGAACUGUGUCUCCUACAGCCCGUCGGAAGGAAACAGUGAUGCUUGCAAUGCCUGAUGGGAAAUGGGAAGCUCUGAACAGUCUCUCCUACCAUCCUAAAACUUGAAGCUGAAACAUGAAGAGAAGAUGUUUAAAGGCUCUAUGCGCUGACAGUGUUUUUCGGAAAAUUUGGCCCACAGUUACUUGACUGGAGGCACUGGAAGACGCAAGAUUUGUUUAAGAUAAAAAUUAUUUAUAGAACUGUUAUUAUUUUGUUGUGAUGACUGAAAUGCUAUAUUUUUGAGAAGACAUAGGUGCAUUUGGACAUACUAUCUUGAUUUGGUGUUUUAAAAGAUAAAAAAAGACAAUUGUUCUUGUAGUUUAGAUGAAGUGCAAAUCAAACCUCAAAGAGGUGUUAACAAGAGUAUUUUAGAAUAAAAACCUGAAAUUUUAGUUUUGUCUGUCAAGCACAACCACAUUUCUACGGGAAGCGUUGGCUAAGAGGUCGGAAACAAAAAGUUUGGACAACAAAUGCUGUUUAUAAUGAAUUACUUAGGGGAAAAAAAGUCCUUUAAUCUCACCAAUAGUGUGACCGCUCACUCAAGUAGUCACUAUAUGAAAUCUGCUUUUAUCGGGGAUUAGAACUGAAUGUGUUUUGCUUUGCAGUAGUCACAAAGUGUCGGGGUGCAAACAGACAUCCUCCAUAGUGCUGUCAAUGGCUUUAAAGAUAACCUUUUUUUUAUAAAGUAUUUUCUUGUGUCACAGUCGCAUGACUUAAAAUCAACUGUUCUUGUGGACAUUGUUUGUAGACCUUGAUACCCCUUUAUUUGAAAGAGGUGCUUGUGUAUGCUGACACUGUAAAAUAUUUAUGCUUUUCAACCAGGGAUUAUUUCUGAAUUGGUUUUCUCUGGAUUCUUCUUUUAGGUGUGUAGUCAAUGAUUAGUUUUGGGGCUUGAGUCAUGCAAUGGAUAUUCUCACAUUCUUAAUGAACAUUUUCGGCUUUUCUGUGAACUUUUAAAAGAUAUUAUUAAUAUUAUUAUCAUCAUUAUUAUUUGAAUGAUCACAAAUGAAUAGCACAAUCAGAAAGUUAGAUCAGUUAGAUCAUCUGUGUCAGUUGUACCAAGACGAAUUACCAGUGUGUUGAGAUGUAAUUUACACUUUUUACUUACAAGGCUUAAUUAGACAUAUGUUGAGCACAUACAGUGUGCACUCAAUACAGAAUACAAAUACAAAUACAGCUCAAUAUUAAAUCACUUAGUGAUGUUUAACAGAUUUUGUUUCUCGGUGUGUUGAUAUCUCAUGGCACUAUAUUGCCACUAGAUGUCAGCACAGAAACACUUGUUUUCCCCUGUCAGUCACACUCACUUAAGUUCCCUUAUUUUAUCACUUACUAGUAGCAAAUGAUGCUAUCUGGCUGUGUAUUGCGUGAAGUACUACAGUACAUGGGGAAAUUCCAACUCUAAAAACAAAGUUUUCAACCAUUAUUGCUUGACAAGUCAUAGUUAAUUUGCAUUUUGCAGUCCACUGUACACAGUUGUUCCUCUGAACAGUUUACAGUCUUUAGGCUGUUUUUGUAGAGUGGGAAUCAAAAUUUUGAAAAGGCCUCCAGAAAAUAGUACACAGCAGUUCUGGCAACAGACUUUUUAAAAUGCUCUCAUCCUUACUAUUGUCAGUACUCUGAUGGAUACCAAAUGAAUGGGGCAUUGUAUUUGAUAUGCACUGGACCACUUCAGUUGAACCAAAAUCAGCAUGUGUUCAAUGAGUUUGACAAGACAGAUGCAAUGUAAUAUAACGUGCCUGUAUUUUGCUGCAAGAGGGAGUGUACAGUACAUGCAUCUCACAACAACACACAUUUAGCAAGGAGCAGUAUCGGGAAUUCUUAUUUUUUUAUCCGCCGGAUCCAUUUUUGGUUAAAGCCGAUUAAGACUGUCCUUGAUUCCUUGUGUCCCAUGACCCAGUUUGCUUCUCAGGAUUCCUUUGAGGAGAACACAUGAGAGAGAGAAAGCCUAACAUAUUGGUAUUCUUUUGAGGGAAAGGUGAGAAGAAAGGGUGCAAAGAAUCACUUUUUGUUGUUGUUGUUUUUCCCAUUAACUUCUGACGUAAUCUCAUAAAAUCUAGUAUCUUGGGAGAUGGAGUAAUGCGCUAAAUUUUUUUGAAAAGCACUACGCUAAUGUAAAGAAUUAUUUUGAGAUCUGCAUUUGUUUCUGAAAAGCUAAUUUGUAGAAUCACGUUGGCGAAAUGUGCCAUGUUUUGAACAAAGCGUGUGUGUGUGUGUAUAUAUAUAUAUAUAUACACACACACACACAUACACAUACAUACAUAAUACACAACAACUCCAUACUUGAAUCUCUCUGAUGAUAAGCUGUGUGGCAUAAAGAAAUUACACAACAAAACACGCUGGGAUACAAAUAAGAACAUGGCUUCUUUCCAGAUUUUCUGUUGAUGAAAAUGUGCCUUUUAUUUGUACAAAUGGUGUUUUUAUUUCUCUUUCUCUCUCUCUCUUCAAAGUGCAAUAGCUGAUCUUCAAUGGGGCAUGCCUGUUCACUAGAGGUUGUGUUUUGCCCUGCUGCGUGUUGCUGCUUGAGACUACUGUUUUCUCUCUCUAUCUCUGUCUCUUUAUCUCCCUCUCUAUUAUAUAUUAUAAAUGUAUCAUUUCCAGACUAAGUAUAAAUCUUUGAGGGGACUCACACAGAAACUCACUAUUUUGGAACAGGUACAGAAAAAAAUGGAAAUAAAAACAAAGAAACAAGUCCAAAUGAUGUUUACAGAUUUAAUCUUUUGGUUGUAUGGUUUAUCAUUAUUCUGUAUGACUGUUGGCAAUAAAACCGUGAAUGUGUAGAA